ACAGAAGGGACGAAAGUGUAUGGGACUGAUUAAAGAAGGCAGUCACUCUCAAUUCUCGUUUUUCAGUCGGUGAAAUUUGAUUGGUUAGCUUCAGUGUCUCGCGAUGAUACCACGACCAAUCACAGCGCAGAGGCGCCAAGUCAAACGGAAUCGGUUUUCCUCAGAAAGGAUAGUCGCAUGUUUUUCCAGGGUGCCAGUUUUGAACAAACUAGUUUGUCUUCUGCUACCACGAGCAAACACAACAGGCCGUCUGAAGUGCAUUUUUUGGGGAGCUACGCUAUGGACAGCGCUGCAGUUUCAAGACGAAACUACACUAAUAUGAAAGGAAACAAGGAAAAUGCCCAGCCAGCCCGUGGAAGUAAGCCCUUGGUCAAAACCGACAAAAUGUCUGCUGUUCCAUUCCAGCUCAAAGGCAACAAAAAGGAGGAAUCUGUAGCAAAAAUUGAGCCUAUGAAGACAAAGGCUAAACCAGUAGACCCGAAGAAGACUGUCAGGGAGCUCCUCUCCCAGAGAUCUGUGAGAGGAGCUGCUGCUGCUGAUGUGAAACGACAGACACACAGCCAAAGCUUCCUAACUGAACAGGCUGUGAAACAUAAAAAAUUGGUUGCUGAAGCACUAAAGCCACCAGCUUCUGUAGUGCCGUCAAAAUCUGCUCCAGGGAUGUACAAAGGCAAGAUUGUUCAGUCAAAGAUCGGGUCUAUUUGGAAGUCAACUGAUAGUGUGGCUACAGCAGAUCCUAAACCAUCAGUCCGCAAACUGGAGAGCCAACGGGUUGGAAACGUUGCCAGAAGAAACAUAUCCAAAUCGGUUGUUGAGGUGCCCAAAAGCAAUAUGCAAAAAACUGUGUUAGCAAGAUCCAGGUCGGUUACAGAUAGACUGCCACAGGUGCCCAAGCCCACCGCUAGCAGCCAUCGCCCUCCUGUAUUCUGCUCCGCUCGUCCUCCUGCCAGAACUGUUCCAGCAACUUCAACAAAUGCCACCUCCAGAAGCGCUACUGUUGCUCCCAUCAAGGCAAGCGGGAACCUAAAUGCAAAGCCAAAGGUUGCAGUGGCUGGAAACAAGAUUAAGAAGCCUCCGGCCUCAAGCACCCUCAGCCAAUACAGAUUUAACACAGAGACUGCAGAGGAGAGAAGAGAAAAACUGGCUGAAUGGUUGGCCUCCAAGGGAAAGUCUCUCAAAAGACCUGCCAUGACAGCUGCGGUGCCCUCAAAAAACAAAGUUUCUGCAAAACCAGAUGUUGAUGUCAAACCCCAGUCUGAUCCUGAGCCUCAGCCAGCAGCACAGUGCAAGCUUGAAUGGGACCCCAGCCCAGAAAUACAAAAACUGGAUUCCCCAGUCCCUGCUCACGACGAAGAAAACAAGGGUGCAGAGUUAAAAACACACAGCCAGACUCCAAGGAUCAUGAACACCACGCUGGACCUGCUUGAGAGCUCAGGUUCAGAUCUGCUUGACCCACAGGACAGAGUAGAUGAUAUUGUUGUAAACCUGUGUGAUGCCUUGGAGGCCAUGGAGCCACCAUCCCGAUGCAGUGAUGAGGAACUGUUACAAGUGACAGAUGAGUGUGAUGUUGAGACAGACAGCAGCAAGUCAGAUGAAUGUAAAGAGCUGAAGCACGAGGAGCUGCAGGAUAUUUGUCAGCAGCCAAAAUCCGAGCAAGUGGAGGACGAGGAGUCUGUGGAAAGUGAUGAUGAUGUGAUGGAGACGACACCACAGAUUAGUGAUGCUUCAGUAAUAAAAUACAGCGUGAAGACCACCCCAUACUUACAAAGUGUAAAGAAAACAAUUGAAGAUGAAGUCAGCGCAAGUGCGACCAGAAGGAAAAACAACAUCAAAGAUCUGAAGUUUCUGACACCAGUACGCCGUUCUUGCCGCAUCCAGCGCAAAUCCUCCUGCCUGCCAACGAUGCUCGUCGAUCACGACCCGUGUGUGUCGUCACUGGCUGAGCUGGUGAUGCUGGAUGACGAUCCCAAUGCCUACAUUUACAGAAAAAACCCAGCGCUUCUGGAAGACCUGCCUGACCAGAACCUGUGAGAUGCACUGUAUGGUUCUCUAUGUAUGAGAUGAAGGCUAAUGGACACUUUAUAUUAAUACUUAAAUAACCUAAAUCUGCACAAAACUUCAUUCAAUUAUCUUCUCAUGAAUGUGUUGCAUUUUCCUUUAACUUUUAAUCUAAAGUUGACAAGUAAUGCCUCUUACACUACUGUAAAUGUUUACCAUUGUACUUUAACAGUAAAACUGGUGGAAGGAAAAAUAAAUGCAUUGGGUCUUUAUUGC